UCAGUACUACAAACAUGUUGUCCAGGGCGUGGAAAAGUUUGUUCAGAAAGUGAGUUUCUCAUUUUUCAGUUUUACCAGUCCCAAACAGAGUAAAAUGGAACACAAAUCUGUGCUCCCAAAUCAUGCAUUGAUAUUAAUGGGAUACUUGCCAAUCAUAAGCCAUUCACCCCAGUGACGCUAAACAACCUUGUUGUGUUGACAGUGCAAGCCAGAGUACAAGGUCCCAGGCCUGUAUGUCAUGGACUCCAUCGUGCGGCAGUCACGGCACCAGUUUGGCCAGGACAAGGAUGUGUUCGCCCCGCGCUUCAGCAAAAACAUAAUCGGAACCUUCCAACAUCUCUACCGCUGCCCCUCAGAUGACAAGGUGGGUCACAGAGGGAACAGAGACAUCUCUCUGGUUUCUCUAUUCAGAAACUCUUUUCUAGCUUUCACCUUCUCUUCUACCUCUGACUACACAUAUCCUCUGUAUUGUUAGUGAUAGAUCUGAUCUGUAGAAUUGUUUGAAAAACCAUAUUAUUAAAUGUUUGUGGGGAAUUAGAUCAAUUCAUAUGCUCUUUUCAUACUUUAAAUGUGUAUACAGCAUCAACUUUAGACUGACUCAUUCGCUACAGUGGUCUAGUUUUGAUUGGUUGGUUGUGUUGUGUCAGUCUGAUCUUGUCUAGGAGCUAAUUCUGGCUUGUGUUGUGUUCCAGAGUAAGAUUGUCCGAGUCCUCAACCUGUGGCAGAAGAACGCAGUCUUCAAGAGUGACAUCAUCCAGCCGCUGCUGGACAUGGCUGCAGGACUGCCCCCUCCCAGUGUCACCCCUGUCAUGACCAGCAGGGAUGCUCAAGUCAACAACACUACGCCUGGUCAGUCACACAACACAUCCAUAAGACAUAUAGCUCUAUACUGACACCCGGUGGCAAAAUAAUCCUCUCUCCUGAACUGACACUAAAUACUCAGAGGCCUUCUUGUGACCAGGCAUGGCUCUUUAAUCAACUUCAAAUGUAGAUGUUUUUCUUAUUAUUAAUGUUGAUUUCUCAUGAUUGAUAUUCUGUGUUUGUGUCCAGGUACCCCAGCGACCCCGGCCACCCCAGCCAACAUCGUAUCCAGUCUGCCUGACUGGGCGUCUCAGUUCUCCAACACAGACACUGUAGCUGCUGUGGCCCAGAUCCUGCAGAGUCCACACGGCCAACAGGUCAGUCCGCACAGCAGCUCCCUGAUCCUCAGCCAGUCAAUUCAACAUCAGACACUGCCUCUUCAGAUUGUUGGCAUGUUUUAAAAGGAUACUGCAUGAUUCUGGCAAUUAAAUGUUUCUUACCCAGAGUCAGAUGAACUUGUGGAUAACAUUCUUGUGUCUGUGUGCAGUAUGAACGAAGUUGGAGAUAGCAUUGGCUCACAAAACUAGCUAGCAUUAGCGCAAUAACUGGAAGUCUAGAGGUACGGUAACAUACGAGAAACUGCUAAAUUGCCAGAAUCUCCCAGUAUCCCUUUGUUUUUGUUUCCACUUGUAUACUUGUUGAGUCUGUGUAAUGGAAACCAACAUAAUGAACACAAAAGCUUUUGAUCUUGAACUGACCGUUCUGAUGCUCCUUUGUUUACAAAACAUUCCUUUGGAAAAUGACCAGAUGUGGCCUUGCAAUGUCUCCUACUCUAACCCUGUCUAUCUGUUUGUGUAUCUGUGUAACAGCUCCAGCAGCUGGUGCAGAGUCUGCAGCUGCAGCAGCAGAAGCCCCAGCCGUCUCUGCUACAGGCGCUGGAUGCGGGACUGGUGGUCCAGCUGCAGGCUCUGACGGCCCAGCUCACUGCAGCCGCCUCAGCCAAUCCCAUGCAGCUCAACCCCCUGGAGCAGAGGAUCUCCUCCUUCAACAAGGUGAGAGAUCAAGGCCACAUACACAUAAAUGGAAUGGAAGUAAGUCCUAGUGAUAUUAAGUAUGUUUGGUUGUUAAUGCUAACUUUUGAGUUUUGUGUGAUAACUACGCGCUACUACAUGUGACUCUCAGAUCUGUAUUUUAAUAAUUGUCUUUCUCCAUUUGUUGCAGAAAAUGUUGGGUCAUUUUGACUUUGGGAACGAUUCCGAACGCUCUGAAGACUCCAAAAAGGACGCCCAUUCAUCGCAGAUGUAAGCAUGAACAUCAACCUAAAACGUCUAAGAUCCUGUGGAACAGGGCUCUCCAACCCUGUUCCUGGGGAACUACCCUCACAUAGGUUUUCAAUCCAACCCCAGUUGUAACUAACCUGAUUCAGCUUAUCAACCAAGUAAUUAUUAGAAUCAGGUGCACUAGAUUAGGGUUGGCACAAAAAUCUACAGGACGGCACCUCUCCAGGAACAGGGUUGGAGAGCCCUGCUAUGGAAUAUGUCACCGGUUCUGUGUAUGCACGUUGACUGUCCUAUACCUGUGUGACGGAGCGGUAGUUAACGGAACUCUUGACCCGUCUCCCCUGUCUGUCUUCCCCGUCUCCCUCCAGGCCGAUGGUGUCUGACUCCAUCUUCCACCAGCUGGCUGAGCAGCUGCAGCAGCAGAACCUGGAGCAGUUCCAGAAGCAACUCAUGGAGCACCAGCAGAAGGUACCUACAUAUCACCCCCAGGGACUUGUGGAGUCACUUAUUGUUUGCUUGUCAUAUCCAUGUAUACUAGUCACCUUUCGGCGAAAUUCGCCGUUUUGAAUCCAAAAUAGGUAACCUAUGUGAAGUUUGGGGGGUUGGGGGGCUUUGGAUCAGUACAGGCUGUAUGCGAACGAGUGAUGCAUGUUUGGAGCAAUCCUGAAUGAUAACAAAGAGGUAGGUGAGAAGCCUGACGACGGAGACGGGGGUGAGAAGGUGAUGAAGCGUACUUCAUUAACUUUUACCAAAAAACAACUGGCAUUUGGAAAGUUUGAGGUGAGCGAGCAAGUGUGGUGGAACAAAAAUUGUUAGCAUUGUUAAGUAUCUUGCUACGCUAGCUGGAUCGAAUUCUCCGUUAGCUAGUUAACUAGCUGACAAACUAUCUAUGAACUAAUGUUUUCCCUCUACAGUGUGUGGUUAAUUUUCAGAAUGAGAGAAUUAGGUGAAAAUGAGGCGUUGCUUGUUAAACAAGUGGAUUCAGGGAUGAAGUGUAACGUUAGCUGGAGCUGGGCCUGGUUUAAGAUGGAUGCCACUAUAGAGGUGAAAGGAACACCACACACUUUCCCUCUUUCUCACUUUUUCAAUACGGUGGAUAAAAAGGGGUAUGCCAGGUGUACUCUGCCUGAAAGAAAUCAAUUAUGCCAACAAAGGGUCUCAUGUUCUGCUGCUGGCACAUUGUAGAACAGAUGUCCACAGGCAGAAAGUGCACAAGGUAAUAACGUGCAGUGUAGCCCAAAGCUAUUGCUUUUGUUGUGUUGAACUUGACAUACAGUUGUGUGUGAUUGAGGGGGGAUUCUUUUAGUUUUUACUCAGUGAAUGUUAUUUUUGCACACAUAUAGCCUUGUGCACUUGAUCAAUGUCUGCUAUAGUGGCCACUAUAUUCGUAGCCACUAGAAUAGAGAAAAAAUAGAAUGCCUGUUUGUUUCAUUCUAUUUCUACUUUAAGAUGUUUUUUUCCCAAGUGCAAUAUUUAGAUGUGUGUGUGGUCACAAGCUUUCUAUUACGAAGGCUGUCAUGGCUAACUGCAAUAUUAAUGUAUUGUUUUUUCUCUGGACUUGAGUGGCAUUUGCAGUAAAGUGUAGGCAACAAAUAACAUUGGAUUGCUUUCCUUACAUUUUUUAGCUGUGCGUUAGGUUCACAUUAACCACUUUUUAUUUUACACACAGAGACUGAUCAUGUAGAUCAUUCUUUGUUGUUUAAUUAGUUAAAACCUGCAUUUCAAGAAGGGAUUCACUAGAAAUUAGCAUUUUAAAGCUGAUAUUUAUUUUUAUUUAUUUUCUAUCCCCCCUAGCAAGGAUCUUUUGCAUGUUUCAGUGCAACAAAAAAAAAAGUCACCUUUUUGGGCCCUCACCAGUGUGCAUCCAUGAUGUAUUGAAACCCUCUUGACAGUAUAACCUUUUGACCUUUUCCAGUCCAUGAACAUAGAGGGGCAGGAUGGAAUAUUUGGGUCUGAGAGCUCGGCCAUGCCCCAACAGAGCAGCAGCCAAUCACAGCACCCUGCGCCACAAAACAAGAUGGAUGACUCCAUUGACAACCAGCAGCAGGUAAUCCUUUGUUUCCCUCACUGACUUUGGCUGAACCGAUAUAUACAGUACCAGUCAAAUGUUUGGACACACCUACUCCUUCCAGGGUUUUUCUUUAUUUUGACUAUUUUCUACAUUGUUGACUAAUAGUGAAGACAUCAAAACUAUGAAAUAACACAUGAAAUCAUGUAGUAACCAAAAAAGUGUUAAACAAAUCAAAAUAUAUUUGAGAUUCUUCAAACUAGCCACCCAUUGCCUUAAUGACAGCUUUGGACACUCUUGGCAUAGUUUUGAUGUCUUCACUAUUAUUCUACAAUGUAAAAAUAAAGAAAAACCUUGAAUGAGUAGGUGUGUCCAAACUUUUGACUGGUAGUGUGUAUAUAUAUAUAUAUAUAUCUGCAAUUGUUAGAGCUCUGUUGUCUUUGUAAGUAGAGCACUGUUGUAAUGAUGCCUGUGUUAAAGGACAUGGACCUGGAUGACGGGCCAGAGAUGGAGGAAGAGCGCUUCGAACCAGAGGACAAGAAGUCCAAGAUGGUCGACACGCGGUCAAGAACACGGUCUAGGUCACGAUCGAGGUGAGUCUAGGGACCCAUUCUGACAGAAACCGUCCAUAAGGCUACCUGAGACACUUUGCAGAGGCGCAGAUUAUAGCACCACCAUCCAUGUUGAUCUUAGUUACCAUGACUACUGGCAUCAAAAUACCUUAAAAAUAACCCUCUACUCUAGAUCUCCCAGGAAGAGACGGUCCAGAUCACGGUCAGGCUCUCGGAAACGGAAACACCGUAAGCGGUCGCGGUCACGCUCCAGAGAGCGGAAGAGGAAGUCGUCGCGGUCCUACUCCAGCGAGAGACAAGCCCGCGAGCGAGAGAAAGAGCGUCAGAAGAAAGGACUGCCUCCCAUCCGAUCCAAGUUUCUCAGUGGUAAUGAGCUUUCAAUACGGCACCUUUUUACUCUUCGCUGGCCCCUUCACCUUGACAAAUGACUCCUACCAUGUUUCUGUGUAUCCCUAAUCAUAGAAAUGUCCACAGUCACUUCUAUCUUUAUAUUUUUUAAAUCAAAUUUUAUUUGUCACAUUCUUCGUAAACAACAGGUGUAGACUAACAAUGAAAUGGUUAGUUAUGGGCCCUUCCCAACAAUGCAGAGAGAAAAAAGUAUAGAAAGUACACAAUGAGUAACAAUAACUUGGCUAUAUACACGGGGUACCAGUACUGAGUCGAUGUGCAGGGGUACAGGGUAAUUGAGGUGGAUAUGUACAUAUAGGUACGGCAACAGGAUAGAUAAUUAACAGUAGCAGCAGCGUAUGUGAUGAGUCAAAAUAGUUAGUACAAAGAGGGUCAAUGCAGAUAGUCUGGGUAGCUAUUUAGUUAACUAUUUAGCAGUCUUAUGGCUUGGGGGUAGAAGAUAUUCAGGGUCCUGUUGGUUCCAGACUUUGUGCACACUUACCACCUUUAAUAUAAUUUAAACCACCACCUCCUUUCUACUAUGUGUCCUCAGUGUGCAGCACCACUUUGUGGGUGGGACAGGUGGACAAGAAGGCCAGUCAGCAGGACCUCACCAACCUAUUUGAAGAGUUUGGUCAGAUUGAGUCCAUCAAUGUGAGUAGAGCACCCUCUCCCUCUCUCCAUCUCAGAGUGAGCCUGAGUUGACUCUAUUAACUGCCGCUCAUUAUGUGGUUUUGCAAGCUCUGUCACCUCUGACCUGAGGAAAAUAUGAAUCAUCGCAACUGUGUCCAGUUUUAAAGGACUCACUUGGCUCUUUAAGCCAGAGCAAGCAUUUUUCAUUAGCAAGUUCUGACUUUACUGUGGGUUAUUAAGUGCUUAACCCUCUUACUUUCUCCCUCCUCAAUUUCUUCCUCCCUCUCUCAUCCACUCUUUGUCUACAUCCCCCUCUCUAUCUCAUUCCUUCUAUAGAUGAUCCCUCCUCGCGGCUGUGCCUACAUCUGUAUGGUCCAUAGACAGGAUGCCUACCGCGCCAGACAGAAACUCAGCACUGGUUCAUUCAAGAUCGUCUCCAAGGUCAUCAAGGUGAAGUCAAUUUUAUUUGAUAACAGUUCCUGCUCAUUUUUAUACUAUGCCGCCAAGGUCCCCCCGCUCCAUUUUGUCCUGUGAUGUGAUUGCCAUUUGACUGCAGUCAGUUCAUGUCCUCUGUAUGUGUAAUGUUUUUAAAUCGCUUGGGCGCCUCGCUUACCAUACCACUGACCUCAUAGCAACCCAGCCGGUACAUAUUUGAUUCUCUCCUAUUUCGACUCAAAUGGCCUCGAUAUUUCUGCUCUUUCAUGUAUAUCCCCUGAUGAUUGUAUGUACUGUAUGUGUGUGUUCUCUUGCUGUGUUCAGAUUGCGUGGGCGCUGAAUAAGGGAGUGAAGCAAGAGUAUAAGCAGUUCUGGGACAUGGACCUGGGGGUCACCUACAUACCCUGGGAGAAGGUCAAGCUGGACGACCUGGACGGCUUUGCUGAGGGAGGCAUGAUCGACCAGGAGACUGUCAACGCCGGUGAGCAGACACAGCAGGCUACAUGCUGAUGCCCUGUCAUAUACAAACAAAGCACACACAGGAUCAACACUAAUGAUUACUUAUAAACAAAUAAAAGACAUACAUACAUUGCAUUGGGAAAGUAUUCAGACCCCUUUACUUUUUCCACAUUUUGUUACGUUACAGCCUUAUUCUAAAAUGGAUUAAAUUGUUUUUUUUUCCUUCAUCAAUCUACACACAAUACCCCAUAAUGACAAAGCAAAAACAGUUUUUUAGAAAAUUUUGCUAAUUUAUUAAAAAUUAAAAGCUGUAAGCUCUGUCAGGUUGGAUGGGGAGCGUCGUUGCACAACUAUUUUCAGGUCUCUCCAGAGAUGUUAGAUCGGGUUCAAGUCCGGGCUCUGGCUGGGCCACUAAAGGACCUUCAAAGACUUGUCCCGAAGCCACUCCUGCGUCGUCUUGACUGUGUGCUUAGGGUCGUUGUCCUGUUGGAAAGUGAACCGUCGCCUCAGUCUCAGGUCCUGAGCGCUCUGGAGCAGGUUUUCAUCAAGGAUCUCUCUGCACUUUGCUCCGUUCAUCUUUCCCUUGAUCCUGACUAGUCUCGGAGUCCCUGCCACUGAAAAAAAUCCCCAUGGCAUGAUGCUGCCACCACCAUGAUUCACCCUAGGGAUGGUGCCAUGUUUCCUCCAGACGUGAAGCUUGGCAUUCAGGCCAAAGACUUCAAUCUUGGUUUCAUCAGACCAGAGAAUCUUGUUUCUCAUGGUCCGAGAGUCUUUCGGUGCCUUUUGGCAAACUCCAAGCGGGCUGUCAUGUGCCUGUUACUGAGGAGUUGCUUCUGUCUGGCCACUCUACCAUAAAGGCCUGGUUGGUGGAGUGCUGCAGAGAUGGUUGUCCUUCUGGAAGAUUCUCCCAUCUCCACAGAGGAACUCUGGAGCUCUGUCAGAGUGACCAUCUGGUUCUUGGUCACCUCCCUGACCAAGGCCCUUCUCCCACGAUUGCUCAGUUUGGCCGGACGGCCAGCUCUAGGAAGAGUCUUGGUGGUUCCAAACUUUUUACAUUUUAAGAAUGAUGGAGGCCACUGUGUUCUUGGGACCUUCAAUGCUGCAGACGUUUUUCGCUACCCUUCCCCAGAUCUGUGCCUCGACACAAUCCUGUCUCAGAGCUCUACGGACAAUUCCUUCGACCUCAGUUCUUGGUUUUUGCUCUGACAUGCACUGGCAACUGUGGGACCUUAUAUAGACAGGUGUGUGCCUUUCCAAAUCAUGUCCAAUCAAUUGAAUUUACCACAGGUGGACUCCCAAGUUGUAGAAACAUCUCAAGGAUGAUCAAUUGGAAAUGGGAUGCACCUGAGCUCAAUUUUGAGUCUCAUAGCAAAGUGUCUGAACACUUACGUAAAUAAGGUAUUUCUGUUUUUUGUUUGUAAUAAAUGUGCGAAAAUUUCUAAACCUGUUUUUGAUCUGUGAUUAUGGGAUAUUGUAUGUAGAUUGUUGACGAUAAAAAAAAAAAAGAAACAUCCAUUUUAGAAUAAGGCUGUAACGUAACAAAGUGGAAAAAGUCAAGGGGUCUGAAUAAUUUCAGAAUGCACUGUUAAUUAGGGGCACUGUAUGUGACUGUCGUACAUUGAAUCUUCUUCUCUAACCCUCUUAUUUUUUAUUUUAUUUUUACUGUAGAGUGGGAAGCAGCCAAGAAUGCGCCAGAGCCAAUGAAGGAAGCGGUGAGCCAGGCUGUGAGCGUUGAACCCAUAGCAGCCACCAACACCCAACAGACCCAGGAAGAGGCCUUCAGCCAACAGGUCUCCAUGAUGCCCGUACAGGUACCUAAACCUCAGAGAUCUAACAAUAAACUAACAUUCAACGUUGAAGCAAAAAUACAUAGUUUUGUGCGUUGCUUUCAUCAUCCUGUAGAUGUUUGUGUGAGGGUAGAAUUUACUGGGCCUCUCACAUUUCCAUGCUUUCUCUCCGAUUUCCUCUGUACUAAGCGUCUACCAUGGGGCCAGUCAGUGGUGUGAAACUGAACACCAUAGUCUUCCUGUGAUUAGUGCUAGCUGCCUGCCCUGUCUGUGGGGUGCUUAGCCUCAAGUGUUUAGACUGGCCUCAGGUUUCUCUUCCUGACUCCUUUGUGAUGGGGUUGAUAGGGUUGUUGAGUGAAUGCAGGAUACACGGCCUGUUUCUUUGUUCUUGGGUGGGCCUCAUGAGAAGGGUUGGUUCAGUAGGUGGGGGAAGUGUUUAGGCUGUGGGUAAGUAGCAUACAACUAAUCUCAGAGUUAAUCUGUCUACUAAGUAGGGAUGGGCAUGGUUAUUUGAAUAUCCGAUCGGACGUUAAUAUUCGAUUAACUAAAUACCCAAAAUAUAGGCCUAUUUUAAGAAUGAAGAGGCAUUGUCUAAAUGUUUUAUACAAUUAUCUGGGACAUUGCUACAUAGCCUACAACGGUAGACAAUGACGUUUGACAUUGUUAUAAAACAAGUUUUGACCGUUUUUUUUAUGCGUGCACCCCAUAAAAAAAGACGCACCGGUAGCAUGCAUACAUUUCACACUUGUAUAUUGUUGCUAUUGUCGGUCAAUCAAAGUGGCGCAACGGUCUGAGUCUCCAUGUAGCAAGUGAAGGGGGAUAUUUCUAGUCAAUGCAAACUGGAAUAAAUAUUAUGGAUUUGUUAGCUAAAUGAGAAGGAGUAGGCUACAAUGAUCAACCAACAGGUAGGCCGUUGUUUCAUAUGGAGUUGUUGGAUUCUGUAGUUAGCUAUUUUACAGUGAUUUGAUGCAGUCAAGACAGGCGCACUACCAGAUGGUAUGAUAGAUAACCUACGGCAGCAAAAGUUUGUCUUAACUAGCGUGAGUCGGUUUGGCGUCUCUCUUGUCUCUUUCUCUCUCUCUCUCUCUCUCUCUCACUCUCACACACACACCGCUGCUUCUCUCUCGCCCCUGCUGAAACAAGCAGAGCUCAGCAACGCAGUCUCCAUUUGAAGUUUAAACAUAAAUAAAUAACAUUUAAACAUUUUUAGACUAUCCGGAUAUAUUAGAAAUAAUAUAAUGAUAUUAUUUGAAUUGUGAAAUCAUUUAAAAUGCUCAUCCCUACUACUAAGCUCAGACAUGCAUACUUAGCCACACACACAGGGUCAAGGCCUUAUUCGACUCGUCAGUCAUAUUACAUCUCAACACCCAAAGCAUUUUAAUGUUGCUGUUGUGUUUUUUCACAGUGUUUGUCUUAAACCCUGAUUAUCAGUGGAAAACUAUUGUUCCUCCAAAUUCUGUGAUUGAUUGUUAAAUUAUGUUACAGGAAUCACAGCUGAUCAAUGCAUAUUCAUCCUAUCACUCAUUUUAAUAGUUUAACUCUCCUCUCUGUCCCCUCUCAGCUCCCUGUGCGCCAGGCUGUCCCUGCCGUGGGUCUUGUGCCGCCAUCCUUCCCUGUUUCCAUGGCGAUGCCCCCGCCAGGCUACGGCCCCCUGCCCCCCUUCCUCAGAGCAGGGUUCAACGCCUCCCAGCCUCCUCCAGGUAAGACACAGCAGUCUGAUGCAGCUGCCAGUGAAGAGUAUUGAAUUUAAAAAAUGUGAUUUAUUAUUUAGAAAAUCCAGAUAAUGGUGUGGUGUUUCUCCCUCCUGUAGGUUUCAUGCAGGCAGCAGGUGUUCCUCAGCAAGCAGGCAUGGGCUCAGCUCCUACAUGUAAGUUCUGCAUGACCUGAGUCUAUAGAAGUCAUUACUUGCAUUACUAUUUGUGUAAAUAUUGCCAUAAAUAUGAAAAUGUUGUAAGAAGCCAGCGAUUUGCUUUAUUUAAAAAUACUUUAUUUGAAGAAAGAUACUUCCCGAUUUGUUCUGUUCCUCUCCUGCAGCUCUGGUGCCGGCCUCCAUGUCACAGGCUCAGGACAGCAUGAAGGACUCCCCAUACGGAGCCACUAUCCCAGGGAGCUUCAUGCCUUCUGCCCUCCCUGGACAAGGGGUCUUCAACCAGCUUCAACCCGGAGUCCAGACGCAGCAAGGAGCCAAUGACAAGACGGGCCAAUCUGCUGACGGCAUGGAUGCCGCUGCAGAGUUAGUACUGCAAGGUAAGAGGAUGUUUGUUCUUAAUGACUUUUGAAAAGCUUCUCACUUUGUCAAGACUUUGCUGAUAAGACCUGCUUUUUAUUGUUAAAUAAUAUAUUGUGCUCCUCUUCUCUCUAGGUAUGCAGAAUGCAAUGAGUCGUGGUAUGGGUCUUCUGGGGAUGCACCCCUCAGCCUCCCUUACCCACCCCCUGCACCAGCAGGGCCUGCCAGGCCAGAGGAUGCCUGGGCUGAUGCCGCUGGACCUCCGGCCUACUAUGCUCCAGGGAUCUGGGGCCCGCUUCCCCCUCCUGAUGCAGCAGGGCCUGUCUCAACAGAGCCUCCUGGAAGCGUCCCUCCAUGCCCAGGCCCGGGCCAGAGCGGCCUCCCAGAUGGAACGCUUCAACAGGGCCGAGGAGGCCUUCAACCGGGGGCCCAACCCCCCAAACGAAAGCAUGUCCAAGGCUGAGGACGAGCCUUCCUCUGCAGCUGACGACAGCCAGCAGGGGGGGGACCAAGACUACCGCUUCCCUCCGCCCCAGGAGAAGCAGAGCACAGGCCUGCUGAGGACCCCUCCACUGGAGCACAGAGAGUCCAUGGGUAUAGGUGGUGGAGGAGCUGGUGGUGGGGGUAUGGGCGGAGGCAGACCUGCCCUGCUCCAGACCCCAGUGAGAGAAACAGCUAGAGACAGCGUGGUAGGACGGCUUCAGGCCCUCGCCGGCUUCACCCCCCAGACCCAGAGUCGCUGGGGGCCACCCAGAGGGGACUUUGAUGAGCGUGACAUGCGGGGCUCACCGGCCGGGGUCUCCAAGGGCUUCCAGGAAGAGCGCCCUGGCUCCAACCAGGGGCAGAACUUCCCCAACCGCUUUGAGAACCAGAACCGCGUUGGAUCAGCAGGAGGGGUAGGAGGAGGAGUAUGUGCUGGUGGUCCUGGUGGCGGUGGUGUUGUAGGGGGCCCAGCGUGGAGUCGUGGUGGAGUUGAUGCUGCAGCACCGUUCGCUGAUGCUGACAUGCCCCAGGACUUGGAUGAGUGCCGGCGCCCUUGGGACAGGCAGCAACGGGACAGGGACUUUGACUUCAGGAAGGAGAUGAAUGGCAACCGCCGUGAGAGAGACAGCCAUGAGAAGGAGAGGGACCGCGAGAGAGAAAGGGACCGUGGCCGUGAGCGUGGCAACCGUGAACGAGAGCAGGAGCGUGACCGGGAGAGAGAGCGAGAAAAGGAGAGGGAGAAGGAACGUGAGCGGGACCGUAACAAGCGUGGAGCCUGGACACCCCUUCUCCCUCUACCACAACCCCUGCUCCCUACUCCUACCCUGACCCCAACCCUCUCCCUGACCCAAGGCAAACCUCAGGCCCUGCUGCAACUACAGUCCAAGCUUCAACCUAAACCUGGACUCCUAACUAAACCGGGUCUGCUUCAAACUCCAACUCUCCUAACUCGGUCAACAUCUCAAGUCCCAACCAAGUCUCUUCUUCAAGCCCCAUCCCAGUCUCCACCUAAAGCUUCACCCCAGUCCAACCAGUUUCCAACUCAAGCCAAGAAUGAAGCCCUCCCCGGUCCUGAGCCCCAGGCAGAGUUCCAGACCCAAUCCUCUCCUCAGAACCAGUCACCACCCCAAAACCAUGCUUCCCUUCAGGCCCAGUCGCCGCCCCCUGCCCAUUCCCCUUUCCAGACAAAGUCCCCUCCCCAGGCCCAGUCAUCAUCACGGGCACGGGCACAGUCACCACCCCAGGCCCUGUCCCCGCCACAGGCCCAGUCGCCACCCCAGGUGUCCCCACAGGCCCCCAGCAUCCGUGAUGAGAUCACUGACACCCAGGGGGAGCCAGAGAAACCUCAGGAAGAACCUAUGAAAGAACCUGAACCCAUGGUGGAACCUCCAUCUCAGUGGGUCAAUGGGACAGGGUCGAGGAUGGACACUGACGCAGUGGCUGAGCCCACACCUGAGGGGGCUCCCACCCCUACCCUGUCCCCCACUCCUGCCCCCUCAAUGUCACUGGUCCUCACACACAGCCCUGUUGAACCCCAAUGCCUGCCGGAGCCCCUGGACCAGCAGCAACCCCCGCAGCAUGCCACCUCCUCUUGCUCCUCCACAAAGGAUGUAGACAAUGGACUGAGUGAGCCGAUGGAGGAAGCUGAGAAACAGCCAGUGGUAGAGAAAACAGACACUGAGGGGACAAUCAUCACUCAGUAGGUAAAGAUCAUUUUGUAAAGUUGUCUCUUCUCUGUACUCAUGUCAGCGACCCACGGGACCCUGGGUAGUAUUUCACAUAAUAUUGUCUGAUAACCUAACAAUUGAUUUUAUCUCUCACAUAACGUUGUACUUCAAUAGAUGGCUCGCUAGCUGAUUAAAUGGUGAUUUUAGUUUGUUAUUAUUUUCUUUCUUUUUUUAGUUAUCCCUACCCCACGAUUUUAAGCUAGGUGAACUUUAAUGAAAAUUGCUUGCCAAAAUGUUUGAAUUGUAAAUUAGAAAAAGAGCUUUGACCUUCCUAUGGAAGAGUGUAAGGAUCCUGGCUGUUUCCAAUGGAUUGAAUCCAGAUUACGGAAUACUUAAACAGCAGUCGCUGGCCUGUUUUGUCUCUUCUUUUAAAUUAUGCUGCUGCAAAGUUUUAAAUGAAUGCGUUUGUGGUGUCCUAUAUGCUUCUUGUUUCUAAGCAGAAUAUAGCCUACGUACAGUGAGAACAGUACAGUUGCUUCUAAAAAGGAACAUCCUAAAAGAUGAAAAACAUGACCUGUUAUCCCUAAAAUAAAUGUCUGUGAUUUGUUCAUCAUAAUGCAGUGAUUCAAAGGACAAAGGAAGCCAGAGGAAAAAACAAUUAACAAAAAAAAGAGGGUGGAUGUUGGGUGCAUUCUGUUUUAGUUUGAAAUAAACAUGCUUUAUUUGUUAACAUGCUUUAGGACUGUAUUUUCUGACCCAGGACCAGUGGAAUAAUGUUUUACACACAGACGCUAUAUGCAUUUUGCGGUGGUGUGACAUACAAACAGCUGUGUCACUGCAGUAGUUAGGCCAUUGACUUGAUGUUGUCGUACCCCAUUAAGUCAGGCAGGAUGU